AUGAAGUUGGAGGCCGUCUGUGAUCUGAUUCAUCGAACAUUCAAGGAGGCUGAGUAUAUAACGGAUACACGACCUUUGAAGCUACAUUGCACGAUCCUCAACGCGAGCCAUCGCAAGCCAAUACGACGAAUGCCCUUCUGCUACUCCGAUAUCCUGUCGUCCGGUGCCUGCGACUUAAUUCGGGCACCAGACACUCUUCCGGCUGAGCAAUUAUCCACAUCAGCGACGAUCAAGGCAGAAUCAGCACCGGAGGAGGGGCAGAGCUCGGGGUUGGAGGAUAUAAUCGUGGACGAUCCCACACCUACGGCCACCCGUCCACAGGAUAAGCCCUGCUCUGUUGGCCCUGAUACCCGCGAAACACGACCUUCCAAACCUCGACGUGUACCCCUCGUCAUACCGCCUCCACUCCCGAUCAAUUUGGGUACAUAUGACGUGCGCGAAGUUCAGCUUUGGGUGAUGGGCAGUCGUGGUCCGGAUGGAGGCUAUGUGAGCCUGGGCGGCGUCUCGUUGGGAGAGACGUCGAGCGAUAAGAGGGCGAUGAUGUGA